UUUUUUUUUUUUUUUCCUCCUCUAGUCCUCUAUGCAGACUACCCACGCGCUACUCUCCAGACCUCCUCCACCAGCCCCGGAGUGAACAGAGGCCAGACCGUCGCGUUAGCAGCCGGCGCAAAAAAAUCUCAACGACUCGACCCGCUUACUCAUUCUAUCAGCCUAGUCAACCGGGAGACAUCGUUUUUUGUUCCUUCGUGUUUCUGCGGAAAUCGGGGUUUUUAAUUGGGUCAGGUUACAUGGUGAAGCAGGAAAGCUGGUAGACGAGCUUCGAGCACGCAGGCAGAUGCCAGUCUUGGCGCGGGCGACGAGCAUCGGUGAUCCAUUUCUGUCACCCCGCCCCACCGACUGUUUUACUGGGGGUUUCCAGGCCCUUUUUACUGCCAGAACUGAACUGAUAACGGGGGAAACUCCGAAUCAAGCGACAAACUUGGAUCUAGCCGACAAGUCUGGGAGACCACAAGAAGGUGUUAAGGAACAAAAAAAAAAAAAAAAAAACCCCAGUCCUCUAAAAUGUCGAGGCAUGGUUAAACCCAUCACAUGCAUUUGACGUCCUAAACGACCGGCAGGACAACCACAGUCAAUUGCGCGCAAUUGGAAUAAGAAAAAUCCACAAUAGGCAUACUGCGAACCAACCACCCCUCCAAACCCCCGAUUCGAAGCAAGGUCAAGGUCGGUGUGCGACGCGCCUUGCUACGCCAGCCCGACCUCGAAAUAGCGAAAGCUGCCGACAGAGGAAAACAAAUCCCCAGAAGCGCCCGGCGCUCCGCCUGCGAAAGCGCAUGACUUUGCUACACGCAAAAGCAAAGCCAAAACACCACCAAAAGCCAUGGCAAUGAUGGGAUCGUCGGCCUGGAACGGGCAGCACAGCGCCGUCGAUGACGAUUUUCAGCAGUACCUCGAGAUGAAUGGCAUGGACGGUCUGGCCGCGGGGUUGAACUUUGAUUUCCAGGAUUUUGCUGCCGACUUUCAGGGCGCGGGAAACAAUGGCGGCGCAAUUCUCCAGUCGCAGCAGGCCCAGGAGCGCCAGCUUCAGCACCAGCAGCAGAUGGACACCCCCAUGACCGGCACCGAGAUGCCUGGGCUCAUGUCUACGAACCCGGAGCUGUCGCAGCUGCCGCAGUCGGCGAUGCACUCUCAUCUCGCUCAAUUGCCCUCGGUGGCAGCUCCAGUCCCUCACACGACGGCUCCUGGGCUGGUCAUUGUUCCUAGUGCCGGCAUGGUGCCGCCGCCGACGACGCAACCACCGCCAACGCCUAGCGAGGCCAUUAAUGAUAUCGAUGCCAAGAUACAGUUCUUGCAGCAUCAGAGGAUGCAACAACAACAACGCCAGCUCGAGGAACAGCAAGUCGCAUUUUUUGCGCAACAGAGCCGCCUGAUACCUCCCACACCGCAGAGCCUCGAGCUUCAGGCUGGAAGUCGCUAUUACGUCGCCCCCGACCAGACGCCACAGCAGGGCAUAUACGACAGGUAUCAGCGGCUGGCCGAUCAACAGGACAUGUCAUUCACGCCCCUCGUCUCGCCGGCUGUGACACCGCUAGAAACACACUUCUCGAUGGAUUCUCAAUUCACUAUCCCAGGGGCAUACUUUAGUCCCCUGGCGUCACCAGCACUUCAUGCGCAGCAAGAAAACCCACAAGCCAUUUACGAUAGCGUCAGCUCAGGCAAGAACAGCUCGCCAGCUUCCGAGAUGGAUCUUCCGACACCGACCGCGACCAAGGUAACCCCAUCCUCAUUAUCAAACGAAGUAGCAAAGAAAGCGGUUCCCAGGAAAAGCACUGCUUCUAAGGUGAGGGGCAAGGGGAGCGUUCGACAGUCACCAAUUUCCAAGCCGUUGAAGAAAAAGUCCCAGACGACGCCCAACAUGAAUGCGCAGGCUCUGAGUGAACUUGCCGAAUCAUUACAGCACAGCCAGGACUCACAACACCACCUUUUACCGCCACCCGCGCCGCAAGGACACAGCGGGUCGCCCGUCGGCCUCACGGACUCGGAGAACGGUUCUGUUUCUCCAGAGACCUUGUCAGAGAUGCCACCUCCGCCCGUUCCGAAGCAACGCUCGGCUCGCCCUUCGUCCCACACAGAGCCCCAAGGGGCUGUGGCGAACCCCAUGUUGCAGACGUUGCAGGGCAAGAUGUCGCCGGCAACGCCAGCAUCACUGAUGAAACUGACAUCACCGAGCAACAGCAUGGGCGCUACACCAACAAGCCACGCGACUGUUUCCCACGAAGCGAUCGAGAACUUUGAACUUCCGGAAUCAGUCAACUUCCAGCAGCAGAACAACCAAAACCCUCAGACGUCUACGAAGAGCCCGGCACAGUCUCCGUUCCUAGGCCCCUCUGCGACUUCAUCAACGACUCCAUCAUUGCAGCCAUUGCCAGGCUCAGGCUUCAUCAAACCCAGGACAGCAGCUUCGACAACACAGAGUCCGUUAUUGACGAGUCAGCAGCAAGGAGGUGGGAGCGGUUCGGUCAUGGGCACACCGAUUUUGGCAGCAGCAGCCCGAAAGACGCCACAGAUGGGACCACGAAACAGCAAGAAGCGACCCAGCGUCAGUUCUUCUCACGUGUCACCAGCGCUGCGCCCACGGAUAUCACCGAGCAUCAAGCCACUGCUGCCCGGGGGUAGUAGCGGGGCCGAAGACGUGGCGUCGCAGCUGCUUCGAUCCAAAUCAAACUAUCAAAACAUCCUGGAAGGCAACAGCGUGCCGGGCGUGUCAUACCCGAGCGAGCUAUCGACGAACCUAACUUCAAAACGAACUUCACACAAGAUCGCCGAGCAAGGCAGACGGAAUAGGAUCAACUCGGCGCUACAGGAGAUAGCGACACUCUUGCCACCAACCGUAUCUGCCAAAGUGGACGAUGACGGAGACGGGGACGGGGAUGGGGGCAAAAAGGGUGACAAGCAGGCAGGGGGAGGGCCGAACAGCAAGGCCAGCACGGUGGAGAUGGCGAUCGAGUACAUCAAGAUGCUCAGGAAAGAGGUUGCCGAGGCCAACAAGAGAGCCGAUGAGGCGGAGAGGAAAUUGAAGCUACAAUCCGGCCAAACGAAUGACGAAGAGCCGGCAGCAACCCCGAAGGCUGUGGCAAGUGGUGACGCGGAUGAGAACGAGGUCGAGAUGAAAAAUGCGGUCGAUGGAGAGAAGCCAGACAAAGCAGUGGAGGCAUCGUAGGAUUGUUGUUGUGGUCAUGGUCGACUCACGAAUUUUGCAUUAGUACAGAAGCGUCUCCUUUUUUUAUUAGCGCGGUAGCAUCACUGGCGUUUGGUGCUCCGACUAUAAGUAUUAGCGAGGGAUGAGGUAAUGUUUCGGGAGCGUAUAUUUGAGUAUGGGGCUCGUGGCGGUGACGAACAUUUGUUUUGUUUUUCUUUUCUUUUCUGUUUGUUUUGUAUUACUCUGCAUAUCGAGCAUUUGUAUAUGGGACGGGCUCGCUGAUGUUUUGUUUUUCUUAUUCUUAUCAUUUUAUUCCUGUCUGGGUUUGACUUGGGCUUAGUUUCCUUUAGCUUCCACAUGUCUGCGAUAUCAUAUACCUACCAUAUACCAAAGCAGAAUACAUAGUAAACAAGAACGCGUCGCAAAGAUUGGAUGCGCAGGUACAACCUCAACUUGGGGUAAUUUAGUCAGGAGAGCAACGUGGCACAGUCGCAAUCUAGAUUUCGUUUCCGACUUUUUGUGCUCAAGAUUUCAAAUGUCC